CCCACAGUCCAAAGACAUGCUGCAGAGCGGACGGCAGAGCGAAUAUUUCCCGGGCCGGGGGUCCCGUCGGGGUUCCGUGUGAAUCAUGGCCGACAGCGCUGGGAUUCAGCAAGGUUCGCCGGCCAUCGGUGCAGCGGGCCUGGUUCCGGCCGCACCUGGAGCCGGGGGGACGGAAGGCUCCGGCGCCGCUGGAGGAUCCGCACGUAUCGCCGUGAAGAAGGCGCAACUCCGCUCUUCACCUCGGCCAAAGAAACUGGAAAAACUCGGAGUGUAUUCAUCCUGCAAAGCUGAGGGAGCCUGCAAGUGUAAUGGCUGGAAAAGUCAAAACCCUCCUCCUACACCCCCACGUACUGACCAGCCGUCCAGCACAGUCAACCUCCAGGAACCUUGCCGGAGCUGCUCUCACACCUUGGGUGAUCAUGUGACCCAUUUAGAAAAUGUUUCUGAGGAGGAAAUGAACAGACUUUUAGGUAUUGUCCUGGAUGUGGAGUAUCUCUACACAUGUGUUCACAAAGAGGAGGAUGCUGACACUAAACAGGUCUACUUUUCCCUAUUCAAACUGUUGAGGAAAUCCAUCCUACAGAUGGGUAAACCAAUGCUGGAAGCACAGGAGAGUCCUCCAUUUGAAAAACCCAGUAUCGAGGAGGGGGUGAACAACUUUGUCCAGUACAAAUUCAGCCACCUGCCCUCUAAGGAACGUCAAACCAUCAUGGAACUGGCCAAGAUGUUUCUCAACCAAAUCAACUACUGGCAGCUUGAAACGCCCUCUCAGAGACGCCAGAGGGUUCCUAAUGAGGAUGCAGCUGGAUACAAAGCCAACUACACCAGGUGGCUCUGCUACUGCAAUGUGCCUCAGUUCUGUGACAGUCUGCCCCGGUACGAGACCACUCAGAUCUUCGGCCAGACGCUGUUGCGUUCAGUGUUCACUGUGAUGAGGAAACAACUGCUGGAGCAGGCGAGACAGGAAAAGGACAAGUUGCCACCUGAAAAACGUACACUCAUCCUCACACACUUUCCCAAGUUCCUGUCCAUGCUGGAGGAGGAGGUGUACAGCCAUAGUUCUCCGAUCUGGAGCCAAGACUUCUUGGCAGGAGCAUCAGGAGGGCAGAUACCUAUCCAUACAGUUAUCAGUGCGCCCCCUGUGGCCAGGCCAUUGUACUACAGCACCAGCCCUGUGACAGUGGACCAAUCUACCUGCGGCAGUGUCAGCCCUGCCAGGAAAACAGUUUCUGUACUGGAGCCAAGCCCAGUUGGAGAAAAGCGUAAACCCACUGAGCCUCUCCCCCAUGAGGAAAUCAAGAGACCUAGGGUAGUGGGUGACAUCCCCGUGGAGCUCAUCAAUGAAGUCAUGGCAACCAUCACCGAUCCUGCUGCCAUUCCAGAGACCAGUCUGCUGUCAGCUCACUCUGCACGCGAUGAAGCUGCUCGCCUCGAGGAGCGCAGGGGGGUGAUUGAAUUCCACGUUAUUGGUAACUCCCUAAAUCAGAAGCCCAAUAAGAGGAUCUUGAUGUGGCUCGUCGGCCUCCAGAAUGUGUUCUCUCACCAGCUGCCCCGCAUGCCCAAGGAGUACAUCACGCGGCUGGUCUUUGAUCCGAAGCACAAGACGCUGUCACUUAUCAAAGAUGGUCGCGUGAUCGGAGGGAUCUGCUUUCGAAUGUUUCCAUCGCAGGGCUUCACGGAGAUUGUCUUUUGUGCGGUCACCUCCAAUGAACAGGUCAAGGGUUAUGGGACACAUUUAAUGAACCACCUGAAGGAAUAUCACAUAAAGCAUGAAAUCCUCAACUUCCUCACUUAUGCUGAUGAGUACGCCAUUGGCUACUUCAAGAAACAGGGUUUCUCAAAGGAUAUCAAGGUUCCCAAGGCCAAAUACGUGGGCUACAUCAAGGACUAUGAAGGAGCCACACUCAUGGGCUGUGAACUCAACGCCAGCAUUCCCUACACAGAGUUUUCUGUCAUUAUCAAGAAGCAGAAGGAGAUCAUCAAAAAGCUGAUAGAGAGGAAGCAGGCUCAGAUCAGAAAAGUCUAUCCGGGGCUUUCCUGUUUUAAGGAAGGAGUUCGGCAGAUUCCCAUCGAGAACAUUCCUGGCAUACGUGAAACUGGCUGGAAGCCUGUGGGCAAAGGAAAGGAAUUGAAGGACCCAGAUCAAUUGUACAGCACUCUAAAGACUAUCCUCCAGCAUGUGAAGAGUCACCCGAAUGCCUGGCCUUUCAUGGAGCCAGUGAAGAAAACAGAGGCACCCGGGUACUAUCAAGUAAUUCGCUUCCCCAUGGACCUUAAGACAAUGAGCGAGCGUCUGAAGAGCAGAUACUACACGACACGCAAGUUGUUCAUGGCCGACAUGCAGCGCAUCUUCACCAACUGUCGGGAAUACAACCCUCCAGAGAGCGAGUACUAUAAGUGUGCCAAUUUACUGGAGAAAUUCUUCUACACCAAGAUCAAAGAAGCAGGCCUCAUCGAAAAGUAGAAGAGAGAAAGAAGUGUCUCCUCCCCUUAACAAAAGAUGGGACUAUACAUGUUUAGGGUUAGGUUAUGGGUCAUGCAAAAGACAUUUAUAUGCGUGGAGAAGUUAAGAAUUGGACUACUGACUCUGGAGCGGUUAAUUCAGAAAUACAUAUCUUAAUUUAAGAGAUGCGAACGAUUCUCAUUUCAGCACUCUUUUGAUGUUUGACGCAUGCCAACCCAGAUCCUGAAUCAGUAGCUUGGACUGAUAUUAACACUGAGAGACGCAUAAGGGAAGGCCUCAUUGAAGGCCUCCGAGACUGGAGGCCUUAAGCAAAAGAAGCAAAUUGUCGUUCUAUUUCAUCACAUAUCCCAAAGUCCCAGGGAAAACAGGGCAGUGGAAGGUGUCGUCGUGAGACAUUCUAACCUGGACAGAAAACUUCUGUUAUUAUUUUUGUGGUCGACAUUGAAAGGUAACAAAGAUUGACGGCUGAUUGGAGAUUCACUCCCUCCAUCUCUUCUCUCCUUGCUUUCCAUACUUUCACCCCCUGCCUUUCUGAGUGUCUGCCUUUCCCUCUCAGUUGACUCAGGUAGAGUUGUGAAGAGCAGUAACCGCAUCUACGUUGUAUUAUUACACAAUACCUGUGAGGAACGUGACUGAGAGUUCAGGGUUUCCUGUCUAUUUAACUUUGUUUGUGUUAAUAAGGUCAAAGCUUGUCUGUGAUGAGUUCAUCCUGCCAAAAGAGGAAUACGUACUUUAAAUAUGUACAGAUUUGAAUUUUAAAGCACUUAUACCCACUGUAUAUUUGAAAUGUGUAAAUAACAUAUAUUUUCUGUUUCAGAACAAAAAACAAUCUUCUUUUCCCCAAUAAGCCACAUAGGGCAGUUUGACUAUCGAAAUGCACUUUCAUUAAGUAUUUGUUCAAAUGUUUUUUUUCUUCUUUUCAGAAUUUGUUUUCCACUUAAAUUACCGCUGUUCACUAAGGACAACUUUCAAUUACCUAGAAUUUAUUCUUAUUUAUGUUCUGUAAUUUAAAAGAAUUAUGCUUAAGACAAGGUCUUAAUUUAUUCUUUCUUAUUUCUUUCCUGCAAAUGGAGAUUGAUAACUUUAUACUUUGGAGAUAUAUGAAAAGAUUGUGCAAUACUAUGUAGUUUUGCUGUUUUGUAAAAAGGUGUUUGUACUUUUCAAACUUUAAGAAAAAAAUACAUUUUGUAAUAUGUCUGGAAAAUGAUCUCAUGCUCUUUGUACAACUGGUUUUAAUGACAUAGUAUUAGCCUAUUUUAUAGACUGAAUAAAACAGAAGUGAGGCUAA